AUGCUCCCUCGUCUGACCAACUUCCUACACCUCUUCCUACUCGUCCUUCCUUUCACCUUCACCCUCGCACAUAGGAUAGAGAUAGAUCCAGGAGAGAAGGAAUGUUACUUUGAGAGUCUGCAGUCUAAGGAUAGGAUGACAAUAACGUACGAAGUAGGAGGGUCAACCGGCGGAGGUCAUCUGGAUAUAGAUUUUUAUGUGACUGAUCCACAAGGGAAAACGAUAUACACGCAUCACAAGAAACCUCAAGGAUCAUUCUCCAUGUCGGCCGAUAGGAGUGGUAAAUUUACUUAUUGCUUUAGUAAUGAGAUGAGCAGUUAUGCUAGAAAGGUACUGAGCUUCAACGUACAUGGUCAACUGUACAUAGGCGACCAAGAGCAAAUAGCACCUGUCGAGCAGGAAGUGCGGGAUCUAAGUGCAGGACUACAGUUGGUCAAGGAUGAACAAGCUUAUUUAGUGGUUAGGGAGAGGGUACAUCGUAACACAUGUGAAUCGACCAACUCCAGAGUCAAAUGGUGGGCGAUAGUCCAAACCGUCAUCUUAUUCAGUCUUUGUGCCUGGAACGUACAUUACUUGAAGAGCUGGUUUGAGGUCAAACGAGUGUUAUAA